AUGGAAACUAACGGAAAAUCUCAAAAACUGCCUGCAGUUAAAAGUCCAAAAAAGAAGUUAAAUAUACGCGAUUUCUAUAUAACGCCCUUCCGAUUCUAUACGUUUGUGGGCGUUAAACUUUUUCAUUGGGAUGAAUUCGACAUAAUGACGAAAUGGCAAAAGUUUGUUUUAACCGUGACAAUUGCGAAUUUAAUUUUUAGCUUUACUUGGAAAAUUUUUUACGUAAUGGUGGAUGAAUUCGAGAGUACGGUGCAGAUGACCGAAUGGUUUUUGUAUAUAUCAUUUGCAGCAAAUGGAUUUUUCAAAACCCUCUCUGUUGUCUGGGGACGCAAAAUUUUGGAUCGUGUUUUAAAGACUUUGGGAAGAUUAUUUCCGCGUAAUGCCAAGGAAUGUAAAGAUUUUAAAUUAAAUGAAGGUUACGACUUUAUUCAUUAUCACUCACGUAUUAUGGUAUAUAGUCACUGGACCAUAGCUUUUAUGUUUAUGCUUUUUCCCCUGGUGCAGUCGGGUGUGGAGUUUAUACAGACGAGAGUAUAUGUGCAAAGACUUCCCUAUAUACUGGCCUAUCCGUUCGAUACCUCUCCUAAACCGGUAUAUAUUUUCUGUUAUGUUACACAAUUUAUGGCUGGUUUCGUCUUGUCGUGUUAUUUCUUGGGUUCCGAUACUUUGUUGCUUCAUACGGUUUAUAUGGUGGUUUUAAACUUUGAAUACUUAUGCUUUCGCAUUGUGCACUUUGAACCGAAGAAUUAUGAACAGGAUAUGACGGAAAUUAAGGAUGUUUUGGAAAAGCAUUAUCUAUUGAAUGAUUUAGCUCAAGCCGUCAACAACGUUUUCAGUUUAUCGAUACUGAUGAACUAUAUGAUCUCGAUUAUGGUUAUUGUAUUGAUCGGUGUGCAGAUUAUAACCGGUUCUGAAUUGUUUGAUUUCAUAAAAUUUGGUGGAUUUUUUGCAUCUGCCACCAUACAAGUGUAUUAUGUUUGUCUAAUGAGCACUCUACUAAUGGAACGAAGUACAAGUGUGGGUGAGUCUUUGAUGGGCCAGAAAUGGUAUAUGGCAGAUGUUCGUUAUCAACGCAUGUUAACCUUGGCCAUCGCUCGAUCUCAGAGACCAGCUCAUUUAACCGCUUUUAAAUUCUUUAUGAUUUCUAUGGAAAGUUUUUCCAAUCUAAUGACAACUGCAUAUCAAUUUUUCACUUUACUCCAAUCUCGCAUGGAAGAGGGUGGCCUUUAA